CCUGCUGGUUUAAAGAUGCUUCUCUCUACUUUCAUCGGGUCCCCGAAGGUGAUCCUGCAGCUCUGCAUCAGCACCGUCCUCUCGGUCUUCAUCAGCAUCCGUUCCCAGCUUCGGUUCUGGACCAGAGGAACCUGCAAGGAGGGCGUAAAGUUGCUUGUCCCUGAUGUCAACAGUGCCCAGGACCCAAACGCGACCACCCCAACAAGCGUCAACUAUCACUUCACGCGCAAAUGUAAUUAUAAGUGCGGGUUUUGUUAACACACCGCAAAAACCUCCUUUGUCCUUCCUCUGGAGGAAGCCAAGCUUGGUCUCAAACUUCUGAAGGAAGCAGGCAUGGAGAAGAUCAACUUCUCUGGAGGAGAGCCCUUCUUACACGAUAAAGGGGAGUUUCUGGGGAAACUGGUCCAGUUCUGUAAGGAGGACCUGCAGCUCCCAAGUGUCAGCAUCGUCAGCAACGGAAGUCUGAUCAGAGAGAAAUGGUUCCAGAAAUAUGGAAACUAUCUGGACAUCCUGGCCAUCUCUUGUGACAGUUUUGAUGAAGAAACCAAUCAGCUGAUUGGCAGAGCUCAAGGCAGGAAGAGCCACAUUGAGAACCUGUACAAGAUCUGCAGCUGGUGCCAGCAGUACAAAGUGGCCUUUAAAAUCAACUCCGUCAUCAACACCUUCAACGUCCACGAGGACAUGACGGAGCACAUCAACCAGCUCAACCCUGUCCGCUGGAAGGUGUUCCAGUGUCUGCUGAUUGAUGGGGAGAACGCAGGAGAGGCCGCUCUGAGGGAGGCGGAGAGGUUCGUCAUAGAGGAGCAGCAGUUUCAGGAGUUUCUGGACAGACACAGCGGCGUCCCCUGCCUUGUUCCUGAGUCGAAUGAAAAGAUGAGGAACUCCUACCUCAUUCUGGAUGAGUAUAUGCGUUUCCUGGACUGUCGAGAGGGAAGGAAAGACCCGUCCAGAUCCAUCCUGGAUGUGGGUGUGAAGGAAGCCAUCCUCUUCAGCGGCUUUGAUGAAAAGAUGUUUCUGAAGAGAGGAGGGAAAUAUGUGUGGAGCAAAGCGGACAUGAAGCUGGAGUGGUGAAAUUCGGCAGCUUUGCACUGAAAACUUGCACAGUAUAAAUGUAAAUAUUUAUGUGUUCUGAUGUAUUUGCUGCUUGUAAAUGCUGAAAAAUAUUAAUAAAUGUGUUAUUUAAUUACAUUAUUCAAGAGUGAAGUACAGCUUGAGUGUUGUUUUUUUAUUAUUUACACUUUGUUUAAAUUUUGUUGUAUAAAAAACUUAUUUGAGUAUUAUUUUUGUCUGCUGUUCAGAUAAACCUGUGAUCUUCAGCACCUUUUAAUUUGUAAUGCUUCCGACUGGGAAUUAAAGCUAUCGGCCAAAAUAUGCUUAGACAAUUAGUCUGCAAGUGUGUUUUAGAAGCUAUUUGUAUUUGCAUACAAACCCUGCUGUGUUUCAUUUUUAAUUUUUACAGUUUUUAAAAAAAAUUGCUUCUGUUUUGUUGUAUUUUAUUUACUUC